AUGGCUUCAGCAGGCGGAGGGUGGGCGCAGCUGCGCCAACAAGCGCGCUCCCUCGAAACUCAAACAGAGGCCCUCUUCCACACCUACUCCCAAUACGCCUCCAUGAGCGCCAUCCCCCCCACGCCAACUGACGAAGAACAGCGCGCAGAAGCCUCUCUCCACGCCCUCCUCUCCCAGCGCGACACCCUCAUCUCGCAGCUCACCCGCCUCCUCGACUCCGAAUCCGCGCUCACCUCCUCCGCCCUAAAACAAUCCAACCUCGCGCGCCACCGCGAAAUCCUGCUCGACCACCGGCGCGAGCUCUCGCGCCUCAAGGGCGCCAUCGCCGACGCCCGCAACAGGGCGAACCUGCUCUCGACCGUGCGCUCGGAUAUCAACGCCUACCGGAGCUCGAACCCGGAGGCGGCGGAGGCGGACUACAUGCUGGAUGAGCGGCGGCGGAUAGACAACAGCCACAACAUGGCGGACAGCGUGCUGAGCCAGGCGUAUGCGGUGAAUGAGAGCUUUGGGCUGCAGCGGGAAACGCUGGCUAGUAUCAAUCGCAGGAUUGUCGGGGCGGCGAGUCAGGUGCCUGGGAUCAAUAGCUUGAUUGGGAGGAUUGGGGCGAAGAAGCGGAGGGAUGGGAUUAUCUUGGGGAGUUUUAUUGCGUUUUGCUUUCUGAUGCUGCUGUAUUUUUGGUGA